AUGCAGAUCCUCGCCUCCCUUAGCUUGUUGGGCCUCUACUCAACCGCCCAAGUAGCAGCUCACCCUACCGAACGAUCCUCCUCCCACAAUAAGACUGAUUAUGUCAAUUGGCGCAAUUUCCAUGCCAACGGCGUCAAUUUGGGCGGCUGGCUCGAACAGGAGUCUACAAUUGACACGUAUUGGUGGGCCAAGGAAUGCGCCGGUGCUACAGACCUCUGUGAUCUAGGCGAAUGGGGUCUCUGCGAGCACCUGGGAUCCGAGUGCCCACGAGUCUUAGAGCACCGCUACGAAACAUACAUCACAACGGCCGAUAUCGAUAAGCUCGCCGAUGCCGGCGUAACACUCCUCCGCAUCCCAACCACAUACGCCGCUUGGAUCAACCUACCCGGCUCCCAGUUCUACCACGGAAAGCAACAAAAACACCUCCACCGCAUCGCGACGCACGCUAUCGAAAAACAUAAUAUGCACGUUGUUGUCGAUAUCCACUCUCUACCUGGCGGCACCAACGGCCUUGAUAUCGGUGAGGCGGUGGGUCACUGGGGCUGGUGGCACAAUCAGACAGCGCUCGAAUGGUCGAUGAAGGCCGUUGACGCGGUUAUUGACUUUGUGCAAAAUUCGGGUCAUCCCGAGGCAUACAGUAUUGAGCCCAUCAACGAGCCGGCUGAUAAUCACAACUUUUCGGAUUUUGGAACCGCAGCUGCGUUGACAGAUCGUGGCGCUGUCUGGUUGUUGAAAUAUUUCAAUGAGGUCGUGGAUCGUGUGAAGGAAGUUAACCCGUUGAUCCCUGUUAUGAUCCAGGGCAGUUUCAAGCCUGAGACGUUCUGGUCGCCGCACUUCAAUGAGACGGAGAAUAUCGUGUUCGAUUUGCAUCACUACUACUAUCAGUAUACUAAUGCGACUUCGGAGAAUUUGCCGACUUUCAUUUGUGCUGAUGCGAAAGUGAGUGCUGGGGACGGGAAGUUCCCCACCUUUGUGGGUGAGUGGGCUAUGGAGGCUGGUGGAAGCAACAAGUUGGCUCUGAGGGAGCGGAACCUCAAAGCUGGAAUCUCUGCUUUUGGACAGUUCACCCAUGGUAGCUCUUACUGGACCGCGAAGUUCUUGAGCAAUGCGACUAUUGAGGGACAGGGCGAUAAGGGGGAUUAUUGGAAUUAUGAAGGAUUCAUCCAAAAUGGAUUCUUGAAGGGCAAUGUGCAGCAGCCAAACUACUGUUCUUGA